AGCCACGCAACUCCACACGACUCCCCCCUCUCCCUCCGCGCUCGCGCCAGUCGAUCGCUCGCCGCCGGCGCCGUCGCCGUCGCGCCGCCAUGCUCCAGCCCCGAAGCCGCGCCCCCAACCGCCUCCUCAUCUCUUCUCCCGCGGCCUCCCCCCUACCCCCGCUCCACCGCCCCGUCCCCGCAGCGGCGCCCGCCGUCUCCCCGAACCCUAGCCUCGCCGCAGCCCUCAAGGCCGACGCCGUCCUCGGCCUCGUCCUCUCCACCGGAGGCGCCCCUUCCUCCGCCCCUGCGGCGCAGCAGCAGUAAACAGCCAGGUACAAGAAGUUGGAAACAAGUGCUCAAAUGGGGGCGUCUCUCAGCUUCCCCAGCAACGGGAAGCAAACACUGGAGCACAGGGAAGCGUCAAAACCAGGUUCCUCAAAGAAGCUGCGCCCUGGUCAUUACCACCCGAGGCUGAUUCCUGACCUCCCGGAUGAGAUCUCCCUGCAAAUCCUCGCGAGGAUGCCAAGGGUGUGGUAUCUUAGCAGCAAGAGGGUUUCACGGAGCUGGAAGGCCGCCAUCACUGGCAUGGAGUUGUAUCGGGUGAGGAAGGAGCUUGGUGUGGAUGAGGAAUGGAUUUACAUACUGACCAAGGCGGCCAAUGGCAAGCUGUCGUGGCACGCCUUUGAUCCGCUUUGCAGCCGAUGGCAGAGACUGCCGCUCAUGCCUGUGGUUGCUCGUGGGGGAAGCCGUUUAGGGGGUUUGGUGAGUGCUGGGAUUAGGAUCUCUGGUGUCAUUAGAGGCUUGCUUGGCCAAGAGGAUUGGUUAGACAAGAUUCCCUUUUGUGCUUGCGCCAUUGGAACGGUCGAUGGAUGCCUCUAUGUUCUGGGCGGUUUCUCUAGAGCCACAGCAAUCAAAAGCGUAUGGAAGUAUGAUCCAGCUGUAAAUUUGUGGCAGGAAGUAAGCUCAAUGAGCGCCGCGCGAGCGUUUGGCAGGACUGGCCUUUUGAACAACAAGCUGUAUGUUGUUGGCGGUGUCAUCAGGGAAGAAACUGGAUUAGCUCCGCUUCAAUCUGCUGAAGUGUUUGACCCAACCACAGGAAUCUGGGCAGAUGUGCCAAACAUGCCCUUCUCUAAAGCACAAACUCUGCCGACUGCAUUCCUGGCUGACUUACUGAAGCCGGUUGCUACAGGAAUAGUCUCAUUUGGAGGCAAGCUGUAUGUGCCUCAGAGCCUAUAUUCCUGGCCAUUCUUUGUUGACGUUGGCGGGGAGGUGUUCGAUCCUGCGACGGACUCAUGGUCAGACAUGCCUGUAGGCCUGAGCGAGGGUUGGCCUGGGAGGCAAGCCGGGACAAAAUUAAGUGCUGUUGUGGAUGGGGACCUAUAUGCUUUGGAGCCCCCAACUUGUUCUGAUAGUGGCAAGAUAAAGAUGUACGAUUCCAAUGAGGAUACAUGGAAGGCUGUUGUCAGCCAGGUGCCUGUUGGUGACUUUGCAGAGUCAAAGUGUCCGUACUUGCUUGCGGGGUUUCUUGGGAAGCUCCAUUUGGUUAUCAAAGAUGCAAAUGGCAAGGUCAGUAUCGUGCAAACGGACGCUCUGAGGCCUAUGGAUGCAACUGGCUCGACAUGCCAAAACCCAGUCGUCUCCUGGGAGCAAGGCACUGAUGUUUGGAGAACCGUGGGCUCGAAGAAAUUUGCGGUUGCUGAACUUGUUAGCUGCCAGGCGCUCAGCAUAUGAAGUUUGGAGAAAUCACACAUACAUUCUGCUCUGCUAUCUUGAGGCAUGCAUGUGUGGUUGGAAGAAAUACUAAAGAAAUUCGACCGUAUACUUGGUGUGAUAUAGCACUCGCAGAACUUUCUGAAUGCAGUAUGUACGAACAUCGUCCAUAUGCAGAACAGGAAGCUUAAGCUGUACACUGGCAAUUUCGAGCAGUGUGUCUAAAAACGAUCUGAACUGGAAGAGAACCAAAUGAAGCAGUACAGGUGGGAUGCCUCAGGUCCGCCAAGCUGGCACGUCAGGCUCAGAGUAAAGAGAAAACACUUGCCAAGAUGGAGCAUGGCGGUCUCGUGGAGGUCACAAGGUACUGACAUUCCACUUCACCAACGUCGGCAAGCUUCCGCCGCCUGUAUUUACUAUACAUACUGAUAUACAUUUGCAGUACAUUAUAUAUAUCACACAUUUUAUCUAUCUAUCUAUCUGUUUAUACAGUGGAACCAUAUUAUACGAGAUAUAGCAAACAAACGGAAUGAAUCGAAGCUUAGAGUAGGCUAGUGACCAUGCAUUCUUGGCUCAUGCAUAGAUAUGGCAGGAGAUGUAUGGAUGGGACGAUAGAUGUCUCACCUGAUCAUGUCACUCAUACAUGAAGAUGAUGAAGAAGGCAAUGCCAAGG